CCUCAUCGCACAAUAAGUCUCGUUUCGCACAUUGUUAUGACCCUUGGGCCUAUCAGACAUACUCGUUCGCUUGGUUCUUGGCCUCUAAGGGUGCUACAGUCUUGCCUUCAUUGAACAAGGCUCCUAAUCUCCUGGAUCGGGGGAUUCCUGGGCGAAAGCGACUUGGGCCGGGACGCAGUGUCAGCUGGUGCAAGUUGUCAGAGGCCUAUCUCUUUACGAGAUCACCCCAGAACGGUUUUUACCGGUAGCUCGGCAACGUGUCGAGAGAGACAGGUUCGGCGUUGGCCGACGGCCUAGACAGGCUGGAUCUGAGUCAACUGUCAGAAUCAACGCCCUCAUCAUCUGCGUCCGAUUCGUUCGAUAUGUCGUCAUCGGAAGGGGCCCCGGAGUCAUGGAUCUCCUCCUUUUGCUCCCUCAUGGGCCAUGAGUUCUUUGCCGAGGUGUCGGAGGAUUUCAUCGAAGAUGACUUCAAUUUGACGGGACUGCAGUCACAGGUGCCCAUGUACAAGGAGGCAUUGGAGAUGAUCUUGGAUGUGGAACCAGAGGAGGAUGAGGACGAAGAGGAGGAGGAAGAGGAAGAGGAAGACGAGGAUGAAAUAUUAGGUGAUGAGAAGCCCCCCGGGUAUCGGCGAGCGGGUGACCGAAGGCAUACGCGGGUGGCCAGUGAUCUGAGCGUGAUAGAGAGCUCUGCUGAGCUGCUCUACGGUUUAAUUCAUCAGAGAUAUAUUACGUCUCGGCCGGGCAUACAGCAAAUGCUGGAAAAGUACGAGAUGCAGCAUUUUGGCGUCUGCCCCCGCGUCUACUGCAAUGGAUGCAAGGUUCUGCCAGUUGGUCGGUCCGAUACUCCAGGUCAAGAGACGGUGAAGCUCUUUUGUCCGAGCUGUCAGGAUCUGUAUACGCCCCCAAACAGUCGAUUUCACUCUGUUGAUGGUGCCUUCUUUGGAACUACUUUUGGAUGCUUAUUUUUCAUGACAUUCCCUGACUUGGACAUUGGCCCUCGGCUUGAUAGCUCUCUUAUAUCGCCGACACGGUCAUCUUCAGUAAAUAACCAGGUCUCUCCCGACGUCCCCCCUGCUCAUCAGCCGGUGGAGAUCAACGGAGUGCGGACGGCCAAUUUCUGCCCCGGACUUGGACUGGGCAAGAUCUAUGAAUCACGGAUUUAUGGAUUCCGGGUUUCGGAGCGGUCCCGGACCGGACCACGUAUGAAAUGGCUACGGAUGAAGCCCACAGAUGUUGAAGAGCUCAAUGAGAUGGCUCGAUAUGAAGCAGCUCGUAGGGAAGCCGACAACGACGGCGAUACAGAAAUGGGCGCCGCUCCUGCAGGAGGAGCGCAGAACUCGGCGAUCGCAAAGAGGAAAAAGGCGCCUAUGCGGAGACGGCGGUACAACCCUGAUCAAAUGAGCAUUAACGGCGCCGAGGCGGGAUAAACGGACAAAUCAGCUAUCAUUAUUAAAA